AUGUUGAGAGAUAAAGUGGCACCGCUCAUUCAAUCUGAACUCUCUCUUAUGCACGCGUUACUGUUCUCAACAACCCGCUCUGUAUUGCAACGACGGCAGUUUUCAAAUUAUUUGAAGAUAUCCCGACAAGUUCGAGAAGCCCUCAUUAAUGGAGAAGGAGUUGUUGCGCUUGAAAGUACCGUCAUUACCCAUGGAUUGCCCUAUCCUCAUAAUUUAACUACUGCACGAGAAUUGGAAGAGCAAGUAAAGCAAUCUGGAAGCCAACCAGCGACAAUCGCAAUUUUAAAUAAUGAGAUUCACGUUGGUUUGGACGACGAAAAAUUGGAAACCAUUGCUAGUUCGAGAAACUCUGUCAAGGUUUCAACACGUGAUAUUGCAAAAACGCUGGCUCAGAAUUUAAUUGGGGGAACGACAGUGGCGUCUACAAUGAGAAUUGCGAAUGCAGCUGGCAUACAAAUUUUUGCAACUGGAGGAAUUGGAGGAGUUCAUCGAGGAGCAGAUCAGACAUUUGAUAUAUCAGCUGAUCUGCAAGAACUUUCACGAACUCCUGUUUGCGUUGUUUGUUCGGGAGUGAAAAGCAUAUUGGACAUUCCAAAAACUGUUGAAUACCUGGAAACACAUUCGGUGAAUUGCAUAGUUUUAGGUGAAGAAAAUAUUUUCCCGAGCUUCUUCACAAGACAUUCGAGCUCAAAAGGCCAGUUUAAUUGUACUGAUCUAAAGGAAGUUAUAAAAAUUAUUCAAAUUUCAAGUGAACUUGGAUUGCCAAGUGGAACUGUUUUAGCAUGCCCCAUUCCAGAAGACUACGCUGCAGAUGGAAAUGAUAUUCAAGAAGCGAUCAAUAAAGCAAUUCAGGAAUCAAUUGAGAAAAAAAUUGCAUCUCAGCAGGUCACCCCAUUCCUUCUUGCAAGAAUCAAUGAACUAACGAAAGGAGCUUCUAUGAAAACUAAUAUCGCGUUAUUAAAGAAUAACGCAAAAAUUGCCGGAAACCUUGCAAAACUUCUAGCUCAAACUCCUCGACGAAUAGAAAACUUCAAGCAAUCGUCAAUUAUCAGAAAAGCUCCAAAAGUUGUGACGGUGGGGGCGACUAUUGUUGAUUGGGAAGCGAUCACACAUGAGACCAUCAAGGUUAGUUGA